AUGUAUCUUCCACGGCAGCUCAUCUCUCACCUAUAUCUCCAACUCCUCCGAUCCCACCACCCACUUUCCCCGCCGGUUCUGAUUCUCGUCGCGCUUGAACCUGACGCGCUGUGUGCUUGCCGCAUUCUCACGGCUUUAUUAAAACGCGACUACAUCCCUCACAAAAUCCAACCUGUUGCCGGUUAUGGCGACCUCGCGCGCGGAGGGGAGGACCUUGUCCGGCCCAUGCAAACCACCAAUGGCGGCAGCGGAGGUGUCGUGGUUUGUCUCGGUGUAGGUGGACUAGUCGACCUGGGCGAAAUUCUGGGGUUGAGUCAACCGGACGACGAAGUGGAGGACAUGGGAGGGGUCGAGAUCUGGGUCUUCGACGCGCGCCGGCCGUGGAACCUCGGCAACGUCUUCGGUGGACAAGCUGGGAUAGGUCAGGCAAUGGCGGAAAUUGAUGUGAACGCGCGACGGCGCGGGCGUGGCGUGGAUAAAGGGUGCAUUACCCCUGCCUACACGUCGAAAAACGGUGGCAUCGUCGUGUUCGAUGACGGAGAUAUCGAGGAGGAGCUCAGCAACGAACGAGAGGCAUACUACGCGCUUCUUGAGAUGCCCGAGGUGGGUGAGGACGACGCGAGUGACGAUGGCGAUAUGGAUGAUGAUGACAUGCCCUCGGAGUCCAAAAAGCGCAAAUCGUGGUCAGGACGCGAGGAUGAGGACGAGUCCGAAGACGAAGAUGGGCCACCUCGUCAACGGAAACGAAGCAAUUCAGGUUCUUCUAUGGUCUCAUCUCCAAGUAGGCGACGGCGACCUGCACACAAUUCGUCCAACUCAUCACGUUCCGUAACUCCCACGACAGACUCACCGUCACCAGAAGAGCCGAAACUGCCAUCUACGCAAACAUUAAAGCGUCGCCUGAUUCGAAUGAAGAGGAAACACGAGACGGUCCUGCAGAGCUAUUACGCUGCUGGUACAUCCUACUCGGAGCCUAUCUCAUCACUCGUAUAUUCCCUCGCAUCAGAGCUUGGUCGUGAAGAUAACGAUCUUCUCUGGCUCGCCAUAGUCGGUGUUUCCAGUUUGGAGCUCAGCGGCCGAACGAUGACCGGUGUGAGCAUUUCGAAUGCGUUGGAAUCUGGAGGCUCUGCGGGAUGGGGUGGGCAACGUGGAGAACACAUUCGCCAGAUCCUUCGGGACGAAGUCCACCGUCUCAACCCUCCUGAUCCCUACGAGCGAGAUCGAGAUAUCAGAGGAGAGAUUAAUGGCGUCAUUCCCACGACUGCGAGAUCGCCUACCGACACGUCUAUUCGUCUUUCUCCCGAGCCACGAUUCCUACUCGUCCGGCAUUGGUCACUCUACGAGAGCAUGCUUCACAGUCCUUAUCUCGCCACGAGGCUUCAUGUUUGGACCGAAAACGGUCGCAAGCGACUCCACAAACUUCUGGCGAAGAUGGGCAUCAGUCUGACCCAAUGUCAUCAAUUCUAUACACACAUGGAUAUGGAGUUGAAACGAGUGUUACGGGGGCGACUCCUCAAAUACGCGCCCAUGUACGGUCUGGAUGGCCUGGUCCCUCCAGAGCCAUCCGGCCAUGCCAGUUCCCGUGAGGGCUGGGGCUUCGUGCGUUGCUGGGGCUGGAAGGCCUGCCUAUCUGCCACCGAUAUAGGCGUCAUUCUGGGUGCCAUGCUCGAAGUUGGACCGAACGAGGCGUCUGGGGCAUGGGAUGCCAAACGCCUCCCGCGAGCACGGGGAUCAAACGACGAGAUCGAAAAUGGCGGUAGCUCCGGAGAAUCCGAUCUGGCCAGUCUUCUUCCUCGCUUCUGGAGUGCCUACGAUGCUCUUUCGCUCACGUCCGAGUCACCCACUCUUUUGAUGGACGUGUUGCCUUUGGCACAGCAUCUCCAUCGUGCCAUUCUUCGUACAGGCACAUCGCUGCUGUCCAAACACCAGAUCCGCCAUCUUCGAGCAUUCCGCAUCGCGGUCGUCAAGGAUGGCCCCGACGUGAAGCUGUUUACCAACCCCGGCGCUUUGACCAAACUGGCGCUGUGGAUUGCGGAGGCCAUUCGUGUCCAGGAGCGAGAAAAGGGCGAUUCCAAGAUUGGCAAGAAAAGGGCAGUCGGUACUCCUCUCGUCCUCGCCGGCCUGGACGAAGACCGCGAUCUCUAUGUGGUCGUGGGCACCGGUGGAGGCGGCGGCGUGGUUGACUUUGCGGCGAUGUCGAAGCGCCAAGAACAACGCCGCAAGAAGAAAGAAGCAAAGGAGAAGAAGCAAAAAGAACGAGAAGACCGUCGGGCAAAGCGCGCCGCUGAGCGAGCUGAACGGGAAGGCUCCGAUGCCGACGAUGAUGAGUCGGAAGAAUCGGAGUCAUCGUCCGAGUCCGAGUCGGAGUCGGAGGACGAAGAAGAUCCUAGCGGAAAGAAACAUCUCGUUCGCAAUCGAUUCGGCAUUGCCUUCCAGGAGGUGGUCCAAGAGACCAGUGCCCGCGUUCGCAUCGAUAGCUUCGACCACUGCGUUGUCGAAGUACAAAAGGACGACCUGGGCGGAUUCCUCGAAGCCUUGAGCUUCCGCAGCGUGGUGGGCUAA